AUGAAAUCCCAAUCACCCCUGCCCUGCGCCUUCGGACCAGACUCUUCCCCCCGGACUGUUCUCCCUCUUGGUUUCAUUCCAGGCGCAGAAAUGCCCAAUGCCAAAUACGCCUCCCGAUGGGUUUUCGCAAGCAAAGAUCAAGACGCUGUACACUCCUCAAUACUCGGCUUUGCAUCUGCUCGGGGUUCCCUGAAAAUCUAUGGAGAAACUACGAAAUUUCCCUUGCAAUUCUUGGAACUCACCAUACCAUGGACGGGCACAUCUGACAAGCAGGCACGUCGUGUUCUUGUUACCAACAUUCUAGAGUCGGGGACGCAUGAGCGAUGCCAAUACCCCUUGGAGAAGUCUUUUGGAGAAAUUCCCGCCUAUUGCACCAGCCUGUCACCGCCGUACAGGCCGUUCAACAUCGGACUGUACAGCAGUGAAUGGCCCAAUCGGACCAGGGCUUGA